AUGCUGGAUGUGACUCAUUCUCCUCACUCCUCCAUUCUUGAUCGGCUCUUAUGGUGGUGGGGCCUUCCAUGCCCGCGAACCUAUUCUUCUUCUACCUUCCAUUUGGCAUCGACUUUUCUAUUAUCGGAGAUUUGGAAGGUUAGAAACAAGUCCAGAUUUGAUGGCCACAAAAUCUCGAUCCAAAGGGUGUUCCGUAGAGCUUCUUGGUGGCUAUUGAAUAAACAUGCACGUCACAAACCUCCUCAGCCCUCUCCCUCCAUCCCAGCUGUCCCUGGCUCCAGGUUUUCCUUUCCUACCACCUGUCUCGACGUCGUGAGGUGGCAGAAACCACCUGCCGAUUGGUGCAAGCUCAAUGUCGAUGGAUCAACCAUUCAGAAUCUGGGGUCUGUCAGGGGUGGCGGCAUCUACAGAGAUCACAAUAGCACCAUGAUAUUGGCUUUUUACAAUGGCUACGACGUAACAUCCAACAACAGAGCAGAGAUCAGGGCUCUCCACGAUGGAUUGGAAUUGUGUGUCCUUCACAGGCUGCAGAAUGUUCACAUUGAAUCUGACUCAGGAUGGGUGGUUGAUUGCAUUCUUGGGAAGUCCACAGUCGAGUGGAAAUGGAAGUAG